AUGGCAUUUUCGGUUGCCGUCACCCAGUACGCCCUCGCCGACCACCUCGUCUCCGCCGUCCCCCUCGCCACCGACCCCGAGGACUGGCUGCGGAUGGACUCCACCGUCCUGCACUGGCUGUACGGCUCCAUCAACACCGACAUCGUCGACAUGGUGAUGACGGAGGCGCCCAACGCCUUCACCAUCCUCUCACGCAUCAUCGCCCUCUUCCGCGACAACCAGCAGGCGCGCACGGGCUACUUCGAGCAGAAGUUCCGGAACAUCGAGCAGGGCGACAAGAGCGUCAACGACUACUGCCUUGAGCAGAAAUCGGUCGCCGACGCCCUGGCCGACAACGGUGCUUCGGUCACCGACAACACCCUCGUCUGGAACACCAUCAAGGGUCCCUCCGACGACUUCAAGGAGGUUGGUAGUAUGGUGCCAUACAUGACGCCCUUCCCCGACUUUCCGCAGUUCCGCAACCUGCUGCUCCUCCACGAGCUCAAGCCCUCCACCAAGCGCUCGUCCACGCCGGGGGUCUUCUACUCCGCCCCUACCCCUGGCGGCUACCGCGCCCCGGCGCCACCUGCACCACCCGCCUACGGCGCCCCUCCGAGUUACGGCGCUCCCUUGGGCCAGGGUGCCCCCGCUGCUCCUCACCGCGGCCGGGGGAAGAAGAGGAAGACCGGGUACCCCUCACCGGCACCCGUCCCCACCGUGCAGAACCCAUGGACCGGCGCCAUCCACAUGUACCCCAUGGUCGGGCCUCCAGGGGUCCUCGGGCCUCGCCCCUUCGCGCCCGCCCCGCGUCCCUCGUACGCGCCUCCGCCACGACCAGCCGCGCAGGGGUACCUCACCUACCCCACGCCCCCUCCGCCGGUGACGUUCUCCUACCCCGGCCAGGCUCCGUAUGGCGUCCCUUACGGCGCCUCCCCUGCACCAACCUGGGAUCCCUCCGCCCUCGCCAACUACUUCAACACCAUGAGCCUUCAGGAUCCCACCGACUGGCACAUGGAUACGGGCGCGUCCGCUCACAUGUCCUCGGACGCCGGUAACCUACUCACCCUCUCCUCAUCUCCACCACACUCUCGUGUUCUUGUUGGAGAUGUUGAAUUUGACCCGUGGGGUUUUUCUGUGAAGGAUCUCAGGACAGGGGCCGUGAUUCUCAGAGGUGCAUCGGCCCACUGGGCCUCCCUCUCCACCAGCCGUCUACGCGCCGACGCCUUCAGCCUCGCGUACGUCGGCUUCCACGCCGGCCCCCUCGCCAGCGUCCUCACCACCGGCCUCACCGAGCCGGGCCUCGCCAGCUCCUGGGUCGUCUCCCGUGGCCUCCCCCGCCUCAUCGUCUCCCGCGACACCGGCCUCCCCCGCCCGGGCUUCACCAGCACCUGGCCCCUCACCGGCUGGUUCGUCUCCUGCGGCUUCGGACGACGAUGA